CCCGGGACAAAGCCAUGAAGCCGGCGCUGCUGGAAGUGAUGAGGAUGAACAGGAUCUGCCGGAUGGUUCUGGUCACUUGCUUGGGCUCCUUCGCCCUGGUCAUCUUCUAUUUCCAAAGUAUGUUGCACCCAGUAAUACGUAGGAAUCCAUUUGGGAUGGACAUCUGUUGCCGGAAGGGGUCAAGAAGCCCGUUGCAGGAGCUGUACAAUCCAACCCAGUUGGAAUUGUCCAGCACAGCGAUCCUUCAUCAGAUCCAGAGGGACCAAGUCACAGACACAUGCCGAGCCAACAGCCUGUCCAGCAGGAAGCGCCGUGUGCUGACACCCAACGACCUUAAACAUCUGGUGGUGGAUGAAGACCAUGAGUUGAUAUAUUGCUAUGUACCCAAAGUAGCCUGCACCAACUGGAAGAGAGUCAUGAUGGUUUUGACAGGGAGGGGCAAAUAUAGCGAUCCCAUGGAGAUCCCAGCCAAUGAAGCUCAUGUCUCAUCCAACCUGAAGACACUCAACCAGUACAGCAUCCCAGAAAUCAAUCACCGCUUGAAAAAUUACAUGAAGUUCCUGUUUGUCCGUGAGCCUUUUGAAAGACUGGUGUCGGCCUACAGAAACAAGUUCACCCAGAAGUACAACACCUCCUUUCACAAGAGGUAUGGUACUAAAAUUGUGAAACGCCAAAGGAAAAAUGCUACCCAAGAGGCUCUGCAUAAAGGUGAUGAUGUGAAAUUUGAGGAAUUUGUGGCUUAUCUCAUAGACCCUCACACCCAAAAAGAAGAGCCGUUCAAUGAACACUGGCAAACUGUCUACUCCCUCUGCCAUCCAUGCCAUAUCCAUUAUGACCUCAUAGGGAAAUACGAGACACUCGAAGAGGAUUCCAACUAUGUCCUUCAGCUUGCAGGAGUAGGCAACUAUCUCAAGUUCCCCACCUAUGCAAAGUCUACAAGAACUACUGAUGAAAUGACUGCAGAGUUCUUCCAGAACAUCAGCUCAGAACACCAAACGCAGCUGUACGAAGUCUACAAACUUGAUUUUUUAAUGUUCAAUUACUCAAUGCCAAGCUACCUGAAAUUGGAAUGAGCCAGAAAGAGAGAAAAGGAAAAGGAAAAUAGCGGUUUUAUUUAAGAUUUUUAUUUGUCAUAAUUACAUAUGAAGAAUGGGUUAUUUUGUAAGUUAAUAUUUUUUUUUUUGAAUGAUGCUGCGAGCAGCAUAGUCAAAAUUUAUUAUUUAAAUUGUCAAAAAGAAAAGAACAGUUCUGUUUCUGGAGUAAGGAAAUCACGCAGCCUGUAGCCCUAGCUGUGGCUAGUUCCUGCUAGACUGUUUGGGGGAGGGAAAUGUUCUUUGUGUCCUGAUGAAUUCCUUUUUUCUUUUGGCGUUCUUCAUAAAUCCUAGCCUUUAUGUUAUUUAUGCUUAUUUAAGUACACAAUUGAUUCCACA